CGGCAGCGGCCGGGCCGGGGCCGAGGCGGGCGGGGCGGCGGCGGCGGCACCAUGUCGGAGGCGGCGGUGGCCGACACCCGGCGCCUGAACGCCAAGCCGCAGGACCUGACGGACGCGUACGGGCCGCCCAGCAACUUCCUCGAGAUCGACAUCUUCAACCCGCAGACCGUGGGCAUGGGCCGCGCCAGAUACACCAGCUACGAGCUCCGCAUGAGGACAAACCUCCCGAUCUUCAAAUUGAAGGAGUCAUGUGUGAGGAGACGAUACAGUGACUUUGAAUGGCUGAAGAAUGAGCUGGAGCGAGACAGUAAGAUUGUAGUGCCACCGCUGCCUGGAAAAGCUUUGAAACGACAGCUUCCCUUCCGAGGAGACGAAGGCAUCUUUGAGGAGUCCUUCAUUGAGGAGCGGAGACAGGGCCUAGAACAGUUUAUUAACAAAAUUGCUGGACACCCACUGGCACAGAACGAGCGCUGCUUACAUAUGUUCCUGCAAGAGGAGACUAUUGAUAGGAAUUACGUCCCAGGGAAAGUGCGCCAGUAGGAGCACCUGGCACUGUCUUCCUCCAUUCCACCCUCCCUCCUGCAAAAAUGACAUUUAUUUUUACACUAAAUCUGUCUUCUC